AUGGCCGACUCAACGGAACAGGAGCUUGAAGGUGAUGAAAAAAAGGUGGUAAAAGAAAUACCUGUAGUUCAGGAUCAAGGUUACUUCAUUCACGACACGGGAGAUACUUAUGAAGGGUUCUUUGAAGCGAAAAAGAAAGAUAGAAAUGUUAAAAUGCAUGGUCCGGGGGUGUAUACAACUGCCGAAGGAGACGUCUACGCAGGCAACUGGGAGGUAGACCGUCUAGGAGGCAAUGAAGAAUCAACCAUAACCUUCACAGAUGGCGCUAAAUAUGAGGGAACACUCAAAGACUGGUGCUACAGUGGCCAUGGAAAGUACACAUACCCUGACGAAAGCACUCUGCUUUGCGACUUUGCUGAAAACGCUCCCGUAGGAAACUUAAAGCUUAUUGAUCCAAAUGGACACACUUGGUUAGGCAAAGCCGAGCAGGGUUUUGGAUGGUUCCAACCGGUUAAUCAUUUCUAUGAGAUGUUGGAAAAGACACGCGAUUUUAGAUUUCGGAAGCAUACAAAGAGUAAGGAUAUAGAAGACGCGGAUAAGGUUUCGAAAAUUCUAAAAUGA